AUGCCUAAUUGGGUAGUCCCGCCAUCAGUACCCGACAUCGGGUGGCGUUCGAGCGUCACGGGCCGCCGCCAGCCAAUGGCGAUCCUGCGGAUUCGGCUGCACGACGUGGUAAUGGCUCUCGUGCUUGUCUCGGCUGCGCUGCAUGGUGAUCUCGGCUUGCCCAACGUGUGGUCGAGCGCGCCGAGAAUGCUGGCGGCGAGUAAACCAGAAAAUUGGGCAGCCGUUGGCAUCGCACGGGAUCUCCUAUUGUCGCUGUUCGGUUUCUGGUGGAUCCAUAGAAAACCACGACCUUCCAUGGACGAAUACUCGCCCUACUCUAAAGGCCAGCUCUCCUUGGAGCUCGCGGCCGCUGCUCUCAGCAUGCACUCCAUGCCGAUGUCGUCUUAUCACACACUCGCAGGCUUAGAUGCGUUCACGCCAGCCUCAUACCAUGGCACUGCCAGCCAACCAAUCAACGCAUACCCUCCACCUCACUACCAGUACCCCCACGACCAGCACGACUCAUUCAUGCCCUCUGCGCUGUCAGGCAGCAACCUCGCUCUGCACGACGCUCUCACGAAUGCCUUCCUCUCGGCGCAGCUCCAGCAGCAGCGCCCGCCAUCUCCUCAGAUGCACUAUCCGCUGCGAUGGCCAGAGGCUGACAGUUACCCACAAUACCCGAUGGCGAACACCAGUGACCCCGCCCUCGCGCAGGGACCGUCCCUCUUCCCAUCUUCGUAUUCCGUGGCGCCGCAGAGUACGUACCAGUCGGUGCAAGACGCCCAGAGCGCGGCGAGUCAGCCUGCAUGGUCUGUGUCGGGCUCCCUGGAUCCUGUCACCGGAGUAUUCCAGCGGAUGGCUGAGCACCCUCGCCUGCGCACCGCUCAGGCCUGCGAGAAGUGUCGGGCACGUAAAGCAAAGUGCAGUGGCGAACAUCCUUCGUGCCAGCGCUGCCGCUCCCGUGGCCUGCUUUGCGAGUACGCACCUGAGCGCCGCAUGCGUGGACCCAACAAGAAGAAGCGAGAGGGCAGCAGUGUCGAGCGCCUUUCACCGCCCGCGCCAGACGAUGGACGCCGUGGCUCCAUCGUCUCCGUCGCCUCGACGAGCUCAGCCACCAGCGACCUCGACAACUAUCGUUUCCCGGAGAUCCCGGCUGCGGUUCAGGCCUCCAUCGCAGCGCCACGCCCAGACUCGCGCGCUUCGCUGCCUCACCUCAAUGUACCUCACCCUCCCUCGCCCAUGCGCCAAUCGAACCGGUCGCACGACUUCUCCGGUGGCAUCCCGUCUUCGCCUCUGAGGUUUCCCAUGGACGGAGGCGCGAGCUCAAUGUCGCCCCCUCCGCCUCCAGUGCAGACGUCGAUGCAAGGACGGCGACGUCCGCGCCCCCCGCCGUUGCGCCUCGGCGAUGCCGCGCUGUUCAACUCUUCCGCGUUCUUGCAGCACAUGCCGUUGACGCCCGACCCUGUACCGCGCUCUGCGGCCGAGCUCGUGGACGAUGCCACCCCCACAUACGCCGCGCGCCGGCAGUCUUUGCCGUCGUACCUGGUGCACGAGUACACACCAACACCGCCCGUGCUCACCGAGCGGUUCUCGCAGCUUUCGGAUCAUUCGCACUCGCGCUCGACCUCGAAUAGCGAGGCACCGCUCACGCCGCUUUCUGUGCCAGAAUCCAAGCUGAGCCCCCACGGUGAUCUGGCAUAUCCAGAUGAUUUUGUUCGAGGGUUCGAAGGGAGGCUAGGGGGUAUCCAAGAGGGUAGGGAGCCGUUUGAGCCCGAGCUGCCACCUCUGGAUGCCAACUCGGACACGCGAAUGGACGGUAAACAUUCUGUGGGCGUCACCGUUGUAGACGUCAGCCCUGUGGAGGCUCGCAUCGUCGCCAAAGCUCCUGAAGGGGAGACAUGA